AUGCAAAAUAGUAAUGGAUCGUUUAGUAGCUCAAGUGAUCUUCUGGAUAACCAUGUACUGUGCAAUGACAAGUUGGGCGUACCGGCCAUGGAGAGAUCAACAAGAUCUAGCCUAGACGCUAAUAGUGUCGAAGUUGGCGAAAUAACAGAGUCUCCAGAUACAGAAUAUAUGAGUACGUCGGCUAUUUUACAUUACUGUAAAUCGAAGAUAUUACUUCCAUAUUUAAAACUUCUUACUGUUAUGGGGUUAAGGCCAGUAGUGGAUGUGUCCAAUUCAUCUAGAUUUGCAAUUUUUUUAUCACAUUUUCAUUCUGCACAGGUUGCAGUAUUUAUGUGCUUAGGAUAUAUACUUCAGUACAUGGCAUGUUUUCGGCGGGAUAGAGGAUUUUGCUACAAAUUAGUGCCACUAGCUUUAACGUCGUCUUACGAAUAUGAAGCCUAUAAACAAGUAUGUUAUGGUAAUAUUGCACUAACGUAUGUUGGGCCCAGCGUAUUACAUUUUAUAGGAUUUUUAUAUGCGCUAUAUCUCUUUAGAAUAUCUGAUAAUGAGCAACUGCAAAAUCUUAUGGAGAGGGUAUUUUUACUAUCUUCUUACGCGCCACAAGGAAUGCCUACAGCGAAACCUAAACGGCUGUUACGUAUGUUGUGGUUUUUUAUAAUUCUUAGUGUUUUGUGGAUGUGCAUAUCAUUAUGCUCUGUUAACUUAAUGAUGGCCAAAGGUACUAUUAUUUUUCGGUGGAUGGAAACGAGCUCACCAGAAGUGAUACUUGGAUUGAAGAUUUUACUAAUCUUUUGUACUUUGAUACAUGACAUGGUGCAGGCCACCGUGAUUACGAGCUAUUGUUUACAAGCUCAACUUUUGCAAGCUCAUCUUGUCUGUUUAGAUGAACGUCUUAUAAAUAAGACUAUAACGCCUCUAAACUGGAUGAGAGAGAUAUCAGAAUUUCGGAAGUUACUUAAAUACUUAAAUGAUGAUUUAGCACCAGCAGUUUGCUUAUUUACUAUCGUAAAUAUAUCGUGGGCAGUGUCCGGUACCAUGUGGCUAUUGAACCUGGACAAAGUGGAUACAGAGACGGAGCCAAUAGAAGGGAUCAGUAUCCUCAACCUGUUACUUUGGGUGUCUGCAGUUAUAGUGCCGUUUGUACAGGCGGCGCGGCUGUCGGGCGAGGGCCGGCGCGCGCAGGGCGUGGGCCACGAGCUGAGCGCGCGGCCCUUCCUGCACCAGGACGCGCCGGCGGAGGAGCUGGGCGCCGUGCUGGCCUACGCCGCGGCGCUGCGCCUGCGCGCCGAGCUGUGCCGCUGCCCCGUGGCGGCGCGCGCGCUGUGCGCCGCGCUCGCGCUCGCGCUCGUGGCCGCCUUCGCGCUCGGCAUGUGCCACUACUUGCAG